UGUUUUUAUAGGAAAAAUCAGCUUCAUUCACAUACAUCACAUACAUUCAAGUCAUAAACACAAUAGUUGUAUUGUAGGACACUAUAACAUUUUACUAAUGUCAAGAUGCACGGAUAAUCCGCAAACCGAAUUAUCCGCGAGUCUUGAUACAAUAUAUUCAUAAACAAAAGAUGGCCCAAAAUUCAGUUAACCGCUAUACAGCCGCAUGCCGCGUCAUUCGUUUCGUUGGAAGCGAACUAUUCGAUACAAAUCUCGGUUAACUAAUUUUUGGGCCACCCUCUACAUCUAGAACUAAUAUUAACAAUUAGACUAUUGCAUUCAUACUUCAAUAGACAGGACCAUAUUUAAGAUCCAAGCCUAACAACUAUUAUAAAAUUCCACUCGUUUUUUUUAUUCGAGCAAUUUCCUAAUAUCGAGUGACGCGUUAUCACGGGGUUCGAGAUUAUUCAAUUAUCUUAAUGUCUUCUCGACAAUUUUCUAUCCUUUAUAUUAUAUUCCGAGUAAAACGAAUGGAGAGUAACAGUUGAAUAUUCUUAGUCAUCGUGCGAUAACCCGCUUACAGCGCUCCCCCCGUUUAGCGCUACACAUAAAGUAGACCUUACGUUUAAUAUACAAAACGGACUAAAAUUUAGUUAACCGCGAUUUAUUCGUAACUCGAUAACAAUAGCCGCGACCGAUGCGAGUCUCGGUUAACCGACUUUUUGGCCAGCCCUCCCCGCUUUUAGCGUUGAACUCUUCCGGAUUUCGUCGAUAGAUUCUUUAUCAGUUGCGCAAACUUUUGAUUGAGAAUAUUUAUCUAUGUAAAUCCGUAAAAAUAAACGCGAAUUAUUUCGCAAUUGAAUUACAAAAUAUUCUUUUGAAAUUUUCAUUCACCGAUCCAAGAAAUUUGAAAUUAUUUAAUUACUAGACAAACUGAAAUUUAGAAUAAAUAAAACAAAGUUUUAGAGGGGGAGAAAUACGGAAAAUAUACAUUAUAUAAAAUUGGGUCUUGUGGGAGGUGAGAUGGGGCCCACGUGGAGUUUUUCCUAGCUUUCUUCGCGUGUCUUACACUUAAAUAGGGGUGGUUUUCUCGUAGUGUCCUCCCCUUCGCGGAUUGCCCGAGUGUCGUGUUGCCUCAUCCCACCAGUCCAACUUUCCUAUAUUUAUAAUGAAGUUGUUCAUUGUCCAUCGAUUAAAUUCUGCUUAAGUCAUGAAAUAGGCGUUAUCUUUUCUAUUAUUAUUGGGUGGAAUUGUUUUAGAAUAUGACAAAUUAUCCAGUCUUUUAUUGUAUAACUCUAUAUAUUAUCUUAUUUAGAGUCAUACAAUAAAAGACAAUAUCUUAUUACGUAAUCAUACAAACGGGUCUUACGAGAGGGGGUGGAACCCCUCUCGUAGAGCCCGUUUGACAGCCCAUUUCAUUAUGUUAUUUGUAUAAGCAGAGUCUCCGAAAGGAGACCCAAAAUGGUUAUUGUACCGACAGUUCUUUCUCUCGGACCCUGAAGACAGAUGAUGAAACUGAAAUCCGAAGCGAUCAGUUGCGUGAUUAUUUUAGGGCAUAUCAUCAAUAUCAAGUCUUCCAUAACUAAUUCCAGCUCGCAGCAUAUUGAGUCCACUACUGUUAACACCGAAACUUGCCUCCAAAAUGUCGAUAUUAAUAUAUUUCAGCACAUAAGUAAUUCCAUUUUGUAUUUAUGCAUAUCCAAUUCACCCCAUUUUCAGCUAACCGAAAACAGUUUCCUUAAUUUCACAAGGAUAAACACUUUGCUUCUAUUGAACGUUUCCAUCACCGAACUACCCCCCACCGUGUUCGAGCAACUUCGAACCUUAACUGAACUAGAUUUAAGUGACAAUCAACUAAAAACUUUGCCCCCUUUCGUCUUCUCCGACUGUAUUCGCCUGAAAGUAUUAAUUCUGAAGAACAAUAGGUUCGAUGCAUUAUCAUCACUCCAUCAAGCUUUACUUCCUCUACACAACUUGUACUAUUUAGACCUGAGCGGCAACAAUUUUUCGAGUAUAGAACCUGAAGAUUUGGUCCUGGGAAACUUGGAAACGUUAAAAUUAGGAAACUGUGGAUUAAAAAAGGUUAAUUUGACAUCGUUGGCGAGUCUAAGGAGAUUAGAUCUGAACAACAAUCAGUUGAAAUCGGAGACUUUAAGUCUAAAAAUGGAGAAAUCACAACUGCAAGAACUGUACUUGGGUAACGAGGAAGACAAUGGGGACUUUGGUCAAAAUGUUUUUUCAACGAUUGACGAAAAUCUUUUUGAUUCCUUACAUAAUCUGACACUACUAGACUUGAGAAGAAGCUCAGUUUCAACCAUAGCCCCGAGUGCAUUUCAAGUGUUUACCCAACUGAAAACGUUAAAUCUAUCAGCAAACAAUCUAUUAACGGUGCCCUCGACAGUUUUGAGGAUGGAAACGUUGCGAGAGUUGGACAUGUCGUACAAUGGCUACAAAAAUGAAAUUUUCGAUUUAAGAGAGAUUAAAUUCAAUAUAAUGGUAUCUCUACAAGUAAUGGAUUUGUCAAAUAACAAUAUUGUCGAAUUGAAAUCUCACACUUUUGUAGGAUUGGUGGAAUUGAAGUAUUUGGCUUUAAAAAACGCACAAUUGGAAACAAUAGAGCCAUAUUCAUUCAGUGGUUUGCAUUCCUUGCUCCGUCUAGAUCUGUCUACCAAUUUCCUGUCUGAAAUUGUGAACGACACGUUUGCAGAAUUGUUUUCUCUUGUUUACAUCAAUUUAUCUCGCAACAACAUCAAAAUUUAUCCGCACAAUCAUCCAUUUUUAUCUCUGCACAACUUGCAGAUAAUUGAAUUCCAAUACAAUUCACUCUGCGAGAUUUGGCCAUGGUUAAUUAUCGAUUUAUCGAAUUUAACGUACAUGGACAUGAGUUAUAAUAAAAUUGUGGGGUGGAGAUGGCGAGCAUUUCCCAAAUCUAACAGUUUAAAGACGGUUUAUUUUCAAAACAAUGAGAUUAAGACAAUAAGUACGCCCAUGUUACAAGAUCUACUAACCUUAGACUAUGGCGACUUCAGCAAUAAUCCUUACAAUUGCUCCGACUGCGAGAUAAUUAAUUUGCAAGAUUGGAUACAGCAUUUCAAUGUAGGGGUUGAGGAAUACAAGUGUCUGUAUACGUUCCGAGGUGAACCGUACGUUGUAAACAGUUCCGUACCAUUAAGAUGCCAGGAGAAUAGUUCCUUUAAUUAUGUACCAUUGGGGGUUGCCUUAGGGAUAUUAUUUAUUUUAAUUGUUACCGCGAGCUGGUUUAUUUAUAACUUUAGGUGGUAUUUAAGGUAUCGAUGGUACGUCACGCGAUGCCAUCUAAAAAACUGGAACAAACCCUUACAAAGAAAGAAAUUCCAUUUGUACGAUGCAUUUAUAUCCUAUUGUGACAAGGAUUGUUACUGGGUUAAGAAGGAACUUAUACCCCGAUUAGAGACCAGAUUUCGGUUUUGUGUACACGAAAGAGACUUCGAAGCCGGGAAAAAUAUCACAGAUAAUAUUUUCGAGGGAAUUGACAAGAGUAAAAUGUUUAUCGCCAUCUUAACCGAAGAUUUUCUUCAGAGUCAGUGGUGCAUGUGGGAACUCAACAUGGCCAUUAGUAAGAUGGCGGUCGAACAGCAGGAUAAUCUCUUGAUCAUUAAAUUACACACAAUUUCCAAAGAAAAGAUGUCGAGGAUUGUUCAGUAUCUGCUCAAAACGAAAACCUACUUGAGUUGGGCGGUUACACCCGCGGGACAACGUUUAUUUUGGGAGAGGUUAAUACAUAUUUUAGAAAAGAACGUGUCUUCUUCGACUUCACAAAGUCAACAGAUUCCUUCUUGAGAUAUUACUAAAUUACGGCCAGAACUUCGAUUUAGUGCCGCCAUUCGUUCCAAUCUGAAAUCGGCUGUAAAUCCAUUGAGUGUAUAUAGUAACGAGGUCCACACAAAAGUCCGGCAGUUUGGAUCAUGUAUCUUGUGAUUACAAUAAACGUACAAUUAGUAA